AUGACGAAGGUUGCUGGUGGCAUUAGAAACAAGGGUGAUCACUAUAUGUGUUGUUUUUAUGCCUUAUGCGACUUGAUAAGUUCUUCGGCUGUGUUGCAUGGGCAGUUGGAGACGUAUAAGCCUCUGAGCCAAAUUUUUAUUUUCCGAUAUGCUGAUCCAGCAGAUUUUGCAAUACGGAAGAAAGGUCACUACUGUUACGAAUGUGAUUUUUACACAGCUCUGAAGUUUGCAAAAGAGUCAACGAGCGGCAUCCCACUAGCUUACAAGUAUGAGAUGGCUGGUAAGUUUAAAUGCGCGAUUAAAUGGAAGAUUAAAUCUGGUGAAUUGACAUUCCAGAUCAAAGAAGUUUAUAAGUAUGAGACUCUAGAGCAAGCUCUCGAACGUUUGAAAACUCAUACAGUUGCUGCAUCUUUGCUAUGUUAUGAGGGUUGGGAUGAUGAGGGAUUGUAUAGUGGGCUUACAGAAAAAGCAUGUUUGGAAGGAAUACAUGAGGUAAUCAUGUUGGCUUGUGUAUGA